CACGUUCUAUAGCUGAGAACAAUUUUUUUGGUUUAGCGUUGAAUAGAUCAUUUCAAAUGGAUUACAAACGCAGGAAAGACAGCAAUAUCAGUUUUGUGACAUCCCAGACAGAUGAUAAAAGUGUCCUUACUGUUCAUGAGGAGCAGCCCGGGAAAGAUGAGCCUAUCGAUGAAGGAGUUUGCAGCAAGAACAGAAGCUCUGGAAUCUCAGAAACCUUUACUGUAGCAGAAGCAAUUGAGGCUGUCGGUUUCGGACGGUUUCAGUGGAAACUCUCAAUGCUAACAGGAGUUGCGUGGAUGUCCGAUUCUAUGGAAAUGAUGCUCCUUAGUAUUGUAACUCCUCAACUGCGCUGUGAGUGGAGGCUCUCGAGCUGGAAAGUGGCAUUCAUAACAGCGAUAGUGUUCAUUGGAAUGAUGGUCAGCUCCUCACUUUGGGGGAACAUUUCAGAUAAAUAUGGCCGAAAAGUGAGUUUAAUACUGUGCCUGCUGUGGACAUUGCACUAUGGGCUUCUCAGUGCUUUCACACCUGUUUACAGCUGGAUCUUAGUCUUGCGAUGCCUUGUGGGAUUCGGCCUAGGAGGAUCCCCUCAGUCAUGAGUUUUGUGGGAAUUAAGUGGGAUUGAUUGCAAACUCAUAAUUCACAUUCAGCUGAGCAACACUCAGAAUGUGAAGUCUUCUUUAUGGAACUUUUUAUUAGUGGUCGACCGAAAUAUCACCAAGUCCAAUAUAUCGGCUGAUAUUUGUCCUUUUUCAAAUAUCGGCAUUGGCCGAUAAGUUUUUCUGCUUGGCCAAUGUGUUCGAGGCGGUGCUUUUGAAGGUGCUGAGAGCAGCAGCACCUGAGCUCACACAGUGCUCACACUCUCUCUCUUGUUCAUCGUCGUCUUUAACAGUUUCUGUCUAAUAAUCAGAUAGAAUGGUUAAACAAAGAAAUUAAUGUGUACAGAAAGAAUUAUAACGGUUGC